AUGGCACGUACAAAACAAACCGCACGUAAAUCAACUGGUGGAAAAGCUCCACGUAAACAAUUAGCUACAAAAGCCGCACGUAAAUCGGCUCCAUCAACAGGCGGUAUUAAAAAACCACAUCGUUUUCGUCCAGGUACGGUUGCAUUGCGUGAAAUUCGUCGUUAUCAAAAAUCAACCGAAUUACUUAUUCGAAAAUUACCAUUUCAACGACUUGUUCGUGAAAUCGCACAAGAUUUUAAAACAGAUUUACGUUUUCAAUCGGCAGCUAUUGGUGCACUUCAAGAAGCAAGUGAAGCUUAUUUAGUUUCACUUUUUGAAGAUACGAAUUUAUGCGCUAUUCAUGCUAAACGGGUCACGAUUAUGCCAAAAGAUAUUCAAUUGGCUCGACGUAUUCGUGGUGAACGCGCUUAA